AUGAAAAUCAAGAAGUUCUCUAUUGGAAAUCAUGCAUUUUCUGAUUGCGAAUUAUUGGAAAAUAUCACAAUUUCAGAUUGUGUUAAAUCUAUUGAAAAUUAUACAUUUUAUGAAUGCAAAUCAUUGGUAUAUAUCAUAGUCCCAGAAAGUGUUACAUCUAUUGGUUAUGGUGCGUUUUCUUCUUGCUUAUCAUUAACAAAUAUCAUAAUUCCGGAAAAUGUUACAUCUAUUGGUUAUGGUACGUUUUCUUCUUGCUUAUCAUUAACAAAUAUCAUAAUUCCGGAAAAUGUUACAUCUAUUGGUUAUGGUACGUUUUCUUCUUGCUUAUCAUUAACAAAUAUCAUAAUUCCGGAAAGCAUUACAUCUAUUGGAGAUUAUGCUUUUUCUUUUUGUAGUUCACUAACAAAUUUCACAAUUCCAGAAAAUGUAACAUAUAUUGGAGAUUCUGCAUUUUCUGGGUGCAAAUCAUUAACAAAUAUCACAAUCCCAGAAAAUGUGAUCUCUAUUGGAAAUCAUGCAUUUUCUGAUUGCGAAUUAUUGGAAAAUAUCACAAUUUCAGAUUGUGUUAAAUCUAUUGAAAAUUAUACAUUUUAUGAAUGCAAAUCAUUGGUAUAUAUCAUAGUCCCAGAAAGUGUUACAUCUAUUGGUUAUGGUGCGUUUUCUUCUUGCUUAUCAUUAACAAAUAUCAUAAUUCCGGAAAAUGUUACAUCUAUUGGUUAUGGUACGUUUUCUUCUUGCUUAUCAUUAACAAAUAUCAUAAUUCCGGAAAGCAUUACAUCUAUUGGAGAUUAUGCUUUUUCUUUUUGUAGUUCACUAACAAAUUUCACAAUUCCAGAAAAUGUAACAUAUAUUGGAGAUUCUGCAUUUUCUGGGUGCAAAUCAUUAACAAAUAUCACAAUUCCAAGGAACGUGAUAUUUAUUGGAAAUUUUACAUUUUAUUCUUGCGCGUCAUUAACAAAUAUCAUAAUUUCAGGAAAUAUAACUUCUAUUGGAAAUUAUGAAUUUUCUUCUUGUUACCUAUUAACAAAUUUUACAAUCCCAGUAAGUGUAACAUAUAUUGGAGAUUAUGCAUUUUCUGAUUGCAGCAACUUAACAAAUAUCAAAAUCCCAGUAAGUGUAACAUAUAUUGGAGAUUAUGCAUUUUAUCAUUGCGUAGCAUUAACAAGCAUCAUAAUCCCAGAAAAAGUAACAUAUAUUGGAAAUCAUGCAUUAUCUGAUUGUAGAUUGUUAACAAAUAUUAUAAUCCCUCAAAAUGUAGCAUAUAUCGGAGAUUAUGCAUUUUCUGAUUGUGAAAGUUUAGUUAAUAUUUCUUUCCUAAACCAUUUUAAAACUAUCGAACUUGGAGGCAGUUUAUUUUCCAAUAUUAAUAAUCCAAUGAAUAUCUUCAUUCAAGGCAACUUUAUUUUGGGCACAAAAUAUUAUUAUUUAUAUUUCAAUACAUUUCCUAAUGAAACCAAUUUAUAUAUAACAAAUCAAACUGUUUUAACAGAUAUUUGUAAAAUUUUUUUGGCAAGAAAAAAAUUUAUGUUCACUUUGAUAACACAACUAAACUUUUGGAUCAAACGACAAUUGAUGUUCUUCAAUACAUCUCUAUUGAAGAUAUCUAUAUUUCGCAGAUGCAUCCAAAAACUAUACAUUACAUUAAUUGUUAUGAAUCUAAAUUGUUUUAUCUCAUGA